GCGGGGCUGCCUAGGAGCCCCCACCUUUCUGCACGCAGUGGUCCUCUUCUAUCCGGACGAAGAAACCCAGGUGAAGAAAAACCAUGCCUUUGUUUAGUAAAUCACACAAAAAUCCUGCUGAGAUUGUGAAAAUUCUGAAAGAAAACAUGGCCAUAUUGGAAAAACAAGAAAAAAAGACAGACAAGGCAUCAGAAGAAGUGUCAAAAUCUCUGCAAGCAAUGAAGGAAAUUCUCUGUGGGACCACAGACAAAGAGCCACCUACAGAAAUUGUGGCUCAGCUGGCACAAGAGUUAUACAACAGUGGCCUUCUAGUGACACUCAUUGCCAACCUGCAGCUGAUAGAUUUUGAGGGCAAAAAGGACGUUUCCCAGAUAUUUAACAAUAUCUUGAGAAGACAGAUUGGCACACGCAGCCCUACUGUGGAAUACAUCAGUGCCCAUCCACAUAUCCUAUUCAUGCUUCUAAAAGGCUAUGAAUCCCCAAAUAUUGCCUUACGCUGUGGAAUUAUGCUGAGAGAGUGCAUCCGGCAUGAACCCUUGGCCAAAAUCAUACUUUUUUCGGAACAGUUUAGAGACUUUUUUAAAUAUGUGGAAUUGUCAACAUUUGAUAUAGCUUCUGAUGCCUUUGCUACAUUCAAGGACCUGUUAACGCGACACAAAUCAUUGGUAGCAGAAUUUCUGGAACAAAAUUAUGAUGUGAUCUUUGAAGAUUAUGAAAAACUCCUCCAUUCUGAAAACUACGUAACAAAGAGACAAUCUUUGAAGUUGCUGGGUGAAUUGAUUUUGGAUCGACACAAUUUUGCCAUCAUGACAAAAUACAUCAGCAAACCAGAAAAUCUGAAGUUAAUGAUGAACUUGCUGCGAGAUAAGAGCCCCAACAUUCAGUUCGAAGCAUUCCAUGUGUUCAAGGUUUUUGUGGCCAGUCCAAACAAAACACAGCCAAUUGUGGAGAUCCUGUUGAAAAACCAACCCAAGCUAAUUGAGUUUCUGAGCAAUUUCCAGAAAGAGAGGACAGAUGAUGAACAAUUCACUGAUGAGAAGAACUACCUGAUUAAGCAAAUCCGAGACUUGAAAAAGCCAACAGCAUGAAGAGCUCCUUUCGUUUUCCACUGUAGGCAUUAAUCUCAUCUGUUAAGUUCCUCUGUGUCCCUUAAACACCACAAUAGUGCUUGAGAAGGCACAGCAAGUGCCUGGGUUUUAUUUUGUCUUUGUUUCUAGAUGUCAAGAGUAUAGGGGUUUUACAUGAAAACUAAAAAACAAAAACAAACCCACAAAAAUCUAGAAUAAUAUAUUGGUUUUAAUCAAGACUAUACUUAUUUAUGUCAGUUUAGAAUCUGUAAUAGAAGCUGGUUUGAUGGAUUUUAAUUUGUGCUCAAGAGGAAUGAGCCUCUUUGCCUAACUUUAUCAGCAAACUCAAGCUGGUGGUGAGUGCACAGAGCAGGUCUUCUGAGGACUGUAACAUUGCUCCUUUGCACCUGUAAUUGUGACUUUGUUCCAGUGCUGCACACACACAAGACUGUGAAAGAGAACAUUUGUCUCUGGAGUUAGCUGCACUUACAGACAGGGUUCUUUAGUUAAAGCAGCAGGAGAUGAAAAAGCAGUAAAGGUCACAUUUUUGCUUUAUUUCUGUGUUCUAUCACCUUAAGUUUUUGUUUCUGCUAGAUUAGAGGUUUUCUGUUCAGUGCUAGGGAAUGGAUGAAGACAUCAGCUAGAUGAGCUGUUUCUGCCUGCCUCCCAUUUUCCUGUAUGUGAUCAACCUUUGUGCUAGAGCACAGGCUGUCCCCACCAGCUCUCAAGCAGAGUGAUGAGGAGCUGCCCCAGGUACACAGUGCCCACGAACCCCUCAAUGGGAAGGAAGCAAGAGCAACCCCUCUCUGUCAAGGCUCAUGCCACAUUGCUGAUAAAGUCAUCCUGCACCUAUCAAAAUCAGUAAGAAGUCUGUUCCCAGUUUCAUCAGAAAUAAUAUUGGGUGGUGGCCAGAGCUACAUGGCUGAAUUGUGUCAAGUGCUGAGCCCCAGCACUAGUGCAAGAGGAGGGUCCUGAGUGUCUUCCCACCUGGUUUUAAAUCCCGGCUGUGCAAGAUGGGGUUGAGCUGAGUUCAGCAAGGGGAUGCUGAAAUGGCCUCAGCCUGAACCCCUGAGUGGCCUGGGGUUCUUCAGUCUGCAGGUGCUCCCAAAGCUGAGAGCAUUUAAUGGAUUCCUAAGUCAAACAUGGGAGGCCAUUUAGCAGCCCCAGGCACGAGAGGCUACUUGUAGUCUAGUCUGGUGUUUUCUAGCCUUGUUCAUCCCAGUGUGAGUUCAGGUUUUGUGCAGAAGUUGUAGAAGGGGAAAUUGUUGCACCGUUAAUGAUUUAGAUUUAAUAAGCUGUGGUCCAAAAAGCGUUUCCUAGGUGUGUUUGAAGUGGUUUUGGGGUCUUUUCAUUUUCUAUUGGGAAAUGAAAAUGUUACACUGAUGCUUUAAUAGGAAGUGGAGUUUGAGUGCAGGGAGUGGAAAUUUCCUGAAUUUUUCUGAACAGCCUAAGUUCUGAGUUUUCUUAUUUGUUGUAAGAGAGUUGUCUAGCUAAAACUCUAGCCAAUGCCUCAGAUUAAAAGGUGACACUGAAUUGUAAAAACAGAACAAGAUCUUUUCCUUCAUUAAAAUGUUAUAUAUUGGGGUGACUGAUACUUCAUGUGCUUUAGAAAAGGGAUGAAACAGAACAGAUUGUGGACUCGUGGUUUUUUCAGAUGUCAGAUAUACACAACAAAUGUACUUCUUAGUUGCCUGGGAUUAAAAGAAAAUAAUUAUAUAUUUACAAGCUA